AUGGCGGCGAUGAAUCCGGAAUACGACUACCUCUUCAAACUUCUUCUUAUCGGAGACUCCGGAGUGGGAAAGUCUUGUCUCCUGCUUCGAUUUGCUGAUGAUACCUAUACCGAAUCAUACAUCUCUACCAUUGGUGUAGACUUUAAGAUUCGCACGAUUGAGUUAGAUGGAAAGACCAUCAAGUUGCAGAUCUGGGACACUGCUGGACAAGAACGUUUCCGCACUAUCACGUCCAGUUACUAUCGUGGUGCUCACGGAAUAAUUGUUGUGUACGAUAUCACUGACCAGGAGUCCUUCAAUAACGUCAAGCAAUGGCUUCAAGAAAUUGAUCGAUAUGCGUGCGAGAACGUCAACAAGUUGCUGGUUGGAAACAAAUGUGAUCUAACUGCAAAGAGAGCCGUGGAGACGCAAGCUGCUAAGGAAUAUGCUGAUCAGCUCGGGAUUCCGUUCCUAGAAACAUCUGCUAAAUCUUCAACGAACGUAGAACAGGCUUUCUUGACUAUGGCUUCGGAAAUCAAAUCACGCAUGGGACCGGUGCAAGGUGCGGGUGGCGCGCCAGCAGUUCGUAUCACGGGCUCUCAACCAGUACAGGACAAGAAGAGUGGUGGAUGUUGCUAAACGAGAAUGUGGGCAGGACCGAAAUUGGAGCGCUGAACUUUCUUCUUCUUUUGUAUUCAUUCUCCGUGAUUGCUAGGUUAACCUAUUCAUGGUCGCUGUUCAUCUUCUCCAUCUUCUUACAUUCUUGUCCUAAUUUAUUCCUCCAAUCUUGUGUUCAAGUGCCCUGUGGCACUGUCGCAGGCAGUGGGAAUUUUGUACGUCAGUGGUUUACUUGUCUGCGUUCUUUUUUUUUUCUUCAAAUCUUCUGAUGUCCAGCUAGUUGGUAAAUGUGUGGUUGGGAUUAUCUGGUGGCAUCGUAGCUCCGUAUUCACACAGCUAUCACCGUAGUUGGCUCCUCUCUCAUAUUUAAUUCUAUAAAUAGUCGCUCUUAUAAAUUUAUAAUACCCUGUUUUAUCCACCGACUCUCCAAUGAAAUGUGAUUUGUGAUUGUGGUCCGAGGAAUAAGCGUUGUGCUAUGCUUUGUUGCGUGUGAGCUUUUGCCCUCGAAUUGAAUCCGAUUUCCUUUAAAAAUAAAGUUUAACAGAU